GCUGAUUUCCAUCAAUGCUCGAGUAGUAGACGGCAGGAGCGGGAGCGCCCGAAGCAGACCGUUCGAAUUGAAAUGGACGCUGAAACGGCGAUCAACGUGCCUGAGAGCCUCGAAUCGUGCGCGCCCGAUGCUCAGGCGCCGAAUGAGUCCCGGCUUCUCGAGGUCCUGGCGGAAUUAUGGUCGGGGCUCAUUCGAGCCUUCGGCGCAUUUGCCAUAUCGAGGAUCUGACCCAGAUCACGUCCCGGCGCUGCGUUCGAUCGAUCGUUCGAUUGAUGGCUGAAUCGCUCUUUCUGUCACAGUCCGGUCUCGAAGAAUUUUCUCGAUUUUGCUGAUCAGAAGCAGAUGGAUACUUGAGUUUUCCGGUCUCAGCCUGAGACGUUUUCAUCGAUCUGGGGUUUUGCUUGUGAGAAGGAGCCAUGUGGUCCGAGGACAACAGCAAAAAGGAUGAUCCCUUCGCGGGUUUCGACAUGACGCCGCAGAGUCUGAAGAAACUCUGCAAGGAUUUGAAAUUAUAUUCCAGUUGUCCAGAGCUUAACGAAAUCUUGCAUCUCCAUCAAAAGGGCAUCGUGAAGAUCAAGAAUUUAGAUGAAUAUGUGAACUUGAGAACUAUUUAUUUCGAAUGUAAUGCCAUUUCCAAGAUCGAGGGGCUGGAUCACCUCGUCAACUUGCGCUGCCUCUAUCUGAAUGAGAAUCUGGUGGAGUUUAUAACUGGUCUGGACUCCCUUACGCAACUUGAAACACUGGAUCUUGCUGACAACCAGAUAAAGACCGUGCAAGGACUUAGUAACUGCUCCCAGCUUCGACAGCUAAAUUUGUCCGGGAAUCGUAUUCAGUCUGCUGCAGAUGUCUACCACCUGACGGAAUGCCAAAGCCUCCUAUCCCUGGAUCUUUCAAAAAACAGGAUAGACGAGGAGAUGGCUUUAGAGGUUGUAAGGACCCUCAACUUGAGAUUGCUCCGAAUGGUUGGAAAUCCAGUGGUUUCAACAACAAGGCACUACCGGAAAACAACCAUUGUUCGAAUGCCCGAGCUACAUUACAUGGACGACUCCCCAGUUUUUCCGAAGGACCGUCGAUUGGCAGAAGCCUGGUGCGAAGGAGGAGCAGAGGCUGAAUCGGAGAUGCGAGCGAUAAUUCGCCAAGAGGAGGCAGAUACACGUGAGAGGCAUCGCAAAGAGUUCGAUGAAAUGAUUCACAAGGCCAGAGCGGAUGCUGCUGCAGCUGCAGCUGCAGCUGCACAACAGCAGGCUGAGAAAGAAAGAGGAGAAGAAGCCGCACUGCUUUCUGCGGUAGAAAGGGAUGCGAGUGAUGAGAUGGUCACAACGGGAGAGUGCGAUAUACUCUUCAAGGAAAACGGCAUGGAUGAAGAUAAAGAUGUCCCCCGCCAAGAAAAGUUCCCAUUAGAAGCCAGAAAACGCGAUGCUAGUGCCCUUGACCCACAAGAGAGUCCUACUCCUAGAAAGCAUUGGCGAGGUGUAGAAUUCAUUGGAAGCAAUGUUGACAUCCAAGGAGUCAGUCCAAUGGAUGAGAACAUGGACCUUGAAAGCACAGACAGGUACAUUGACGACCAUCCAUACAGGGCUUGUCAAGAAGCCUCGUCCAUCAUACUCGACGAUACUAUGACAGAAUUCAGGAAUGGUGGAAAGGUUAAAGUCUACAGUGGACUUGCAACCUUAAUGGGUGAUUCUGAAGAACUACUGGAGUUACCUCCGCUAGAGAACCCGAUUACAGCAGAUUCAGACUUCGAGCUAACUGCUCUAGAAGAUUGUGACCCAAACUCCGAGAUGACUUGUGAAUGGGAAGCAUACGGUCCUCCUGUGGCUGAUGAGGAAGAAACAAGCAGUACCUCAGCCUCCGAAUCAGAACGGAGAUUUCAGUGGACUGAGAAAGAAAGAAGAUUCAAACGCGAGCUUCACGAACGGAUCUUACGACGGGCAGUGGUCAACGCAGAUGCCAUCUUGGAGAGAGGGAAGAAGCAGGCAUCAUCCGGGGGCAUGGAUAUCAGUCUCGACGAGGAAGGUCAGCAGUCUGCAAGACCGAUCAUAUGGGGAACGGAGGCAUACAGAAAUCUAUGGGCGAAAGCAGCCGAGGCUGCUGACGAGAAGAUCUUUGAACAAAACAACCACGAUAUCACGAAAGGGACUGAUGUUAUUAUGGACUCGCUCUAUAGCACAAACAUGUCAGACACUGAGGCUGACGUAUAUGAGCCUCCUCAAUCUUUCCCAAACGCAACCUUUGAAAACCCUUGUUACUGUUCUGAUUAAGGUCCAUUCCGUAUUGAACUAUGAGAUCAACCUUUGAAAACCCUUGUUACUGUUCUGAUUAAGGUCCAUUCCGUAUUGAACUAUGAGAUCAGCCUACAUCGUUAAACUGUUCUUCAAAUCUUUUGAUAAAAAGUUCGAAUUCAUACUUCCAGAUAUCUCAGUGUCGUGCCAGAGACUUUAAGAUUCUAAUUUAUCUCUUGACCUACUACUGCUACAUCCACCG